ACAUGAACUAAUUGAUGAGUGUAGCCAGCAGUGAGUGCACUUAUGGACGUCAGACGUCACACACAGUUGUGUCGAUGCAUGUGUGUAUGUAUGUGCGGAGACACGUAAGCUUCAAGUGUGGCGGUCCGAGCUAAGCUAAAAGGCUUCACCCACUCUCCCACCCAACUAUUCUACUGCAGGCUAGCCACCACGUGAAAACCCGUCAGAAAAGACGUCUACAUGCAGCCACACAUAGAUGUGUGUGUCUGUCUACCCCUCCGCCCCCUCCUCCCCACUGUCACCCUCCAGCUGGCCGUCCACCUCCCCCUCGCUACCGCCAUCGCUGUCACAACCGCUGCCGAUAUCAUCAUCCGGCCCGACAUUCGUCUCAACCUCGGCUGUUUGCGCCACAUGCUGCUGAUAGAGGGCCGCCACACGCUGUUCGUCGAUGCUGUCCGGAAUAUGGCGGCCGAGAAACACGAUCGCCUGAAUGAAUGACAACAGACGACCCAGAGACAGUUUGGUGUGUGUUCGCGCCCCUAGGUCGACAUAAGGGAGUGCCUUGCAGGUCGGUCACCGGAGCUGCGAUGUGAAUGUCAUUAUGUGUCUGCAGCUCGACCAGCUUGUCCACACCGCCGGCCUGCGUGAAACGGAAUAGAGAACAGCCGUGUGAAUGGUGUCCACUGUCCUCAUUCUCUCUCUCUCUCUCUCAUCCACUGACCUGCUCUACUAGAGUGGAGUAGGGGCUUUCGGGGAGGCCCUCGAGGGCCUGCUUCUGACGACCCGCACUGAUGCACACACCAGACGAACGCAACACAGCACGUGAUAGGUAAAUGCGGUGUGUGUCCUUUGGCCUUCCCCUGCUACCGUAGUAUCUUCUCCAGCACGGAGAUGAUGAUCCCUGGAUGGUGAUCACUCGAUUGUCAUUGGCGUUACCAUCGAGUGCGUCACAGAUGGGCUGGACGCCGCCACACUCAACCACAUACUCAACCUGCACGAUUGAACGAGGAAUGAACACACACACAGACAGGCCCGUGAUUGUGGGGCGGUUCAGCGGUCAGCGUAGGCACCUGUUGCUGCGAACCUCCACGGGCUAUACUGCCGAUGCUCGCUGCUGCUAUCUCCCUCUUGCGAGGAUCGCUGCCCCCCCUGGCCGCCGCGUUGACCAGCAGCGGCACCAAAUCGGCAUCGAUGACCGUCUGCACGUGGGCAGUGGUGCCUGCAUCAAAUCCAUAUAUUACACACACAAACACGGCCCCCCACACUUGACGUCCACGGAAUCAGUGAGUGUGUGUGAUGGUAUGUCUUACCUUCAGCGAUGCAGUGCACCAUCAUACAUGCGAUGCAUUUCCCAACGUCAUCGGCCACCUCCAGCAGCGCCGUGAGCGAUCCCACGGCGCCACACUCGACCAACGCGUCACGGUCGGCAUCGGUACCUGAGAACGCGGGCAGGAAGGACAAAGCCGACCAUGCAGCUCAGAACGGUCUCUCAGGCACUCAUGUAUACUGACCGUCUUCCCCAACACACAAACUCGCGAAGUGCGCCACGGCUCGUCGUGCGGGCUGCAGCACACGGUCAUUCUGCUGAGGUGCGCCGAUCAGGUUGACCAGGACCGGCAGGAAGGGGGCGAACUCGGCCAGGGGGGCGGGGAGGGGUCGGUCGCACCACAGGUUGCCCAGCAGGUGGGCACCCAUGGCGAGCACGUCGGCCUUGGUGCUCUCGCGCAUCGCCGUCAGCAGCGGCUGCAGGACGCCGGCCGCCACCACGGCAUUGCGACAGGCCACCGAUCCCUCCGUGGUCUUGAACAGCGCAGCAAUCGCCAUUACACGCACAUUGUCAUGAGGUGACGACACGAGCUGCACGAGAGGCGGGACGGCACCGGCAUCCACCACCACCACCGCAUCGCCAUGACGCACCGCCAGCUCGCUUAGGGCAACUGCUGCAAAUUUCUGCGCCUCCUCGCAGCCGCUCAGCUGCUCGACCAGCGCAGGCAGCGCGCCCGCACUGAUGGCCUUCUGCUCCAUGACAUCUACGUGCUUGACGGACAGCAGCAGGAACAGCAGCCGCACGGCGUCAGCCCGAAGUCGUGGUUGGUCCUGGUGCUGUGGACCGCCGGCAGAGGCCAUCACUUGGCAGAGAUCGUUCAUGACGGCAGUGAUCUCGGCCUCGAUGGCCUCGAAGCCCCGCUGCUGGACGGCUUCGUCGUAUGCCUCUUGCGUGUGGAUGGCAUUGUACAGCUUUGUCGCCUUGACCAACACCGCUUGGGGCGGUGGAUGGCCAGAUGUGCUGUCCGCCGACUCCAUCUCGUCACACUGCGAAGACCCACACCCACACACACAUGGUGCAGAAUAGUCCGUGCCUGCUCUGCUUGAUCCAUCUGACCUUGAGGUGCUCAGCGGUCCUCUGUUUUGCUGCUGAAUGGUCCCGCUGCCGCCCUGCUGUCUGUCCGGCGCAGAUGUCACAACUCACACCUGGAGAAGAAAUGACAGCACGAAAUGAGAUAGAUCAGGGCUGCCCGAAGAUUCCCUCUGGACCCUUGCUCAUCACUGCUAACUCACCGACAGAGAUCUCCUCCACAGCCCGAGAGAUGGACGCAGCCCGACAGCAGGCAGGCACUCAACGCUAAAAGAGAACACAGCACGCCUCUGCAGAAGUCUGGCGGCUCACGGGAAGGGCACCUCCAUCGCCGG